CUGUGUAUACGAAAGGCAACUCUUCUAUACUCGUUGGGCUCGAAGCAGUACAUAUACACCCCUGCAGUGCCUCCAUUCGCCACAAAUUGAUCGAAAUGUCGAACCAUCUCACAUUGAAAUCAAGUCAAUGAUACCGACUUCGGACCAUCUUCCGCCCUCUGAGUUCCUGUGAUUGCACCGAAACCUUGCCGCCUGCGAGUGCAAUCCCAAUUCGCCCACCCUGUACUCCACUUCAGGCAGCGCCUCGGCUGAAGAGAUCCCGGUGUUGUUCUUCUGCGCGAUGCCACGCUUUUGGUCGAGGAUACCGCCGAGAUGAGCGCCGCCGGCAUCGCCGACCCAUCACCUUACUCUAAUUCGCCCAAUUCAUCUUUUGACAGACCAAUUCAACCCUCUCGGACCGAGUCUUUCAAUGGAGGAGGAGAUGUCGUGUUUGCGCAUGUUGAGGAUUUGAAAGCGCGGGCGCUUUCCGAAAUCAAUUUCAAUGUUUCUAUUGGAAAGCUCUACGAGACAGCCGAACGAGCGUUCAAUCAGGCAAAGACCAAUCUGGACUUUCGGCGCCCAGAUCUAGCAUUUGUGGAAUAUCUUCGGGCGUGCGAGAUUGUGGUUGAGACACUGCCGCGACACAAGGAUUAUACGCUUUGGUCGCACGAUCAGCAUGGGAACAGCCAAAAGCUCGCACUCCUGCGGAGGAAGGUCCAGUCGAUGGACAAGCAGUUCGACAACAUCAAGCAGAUCAUAAUCAACAAUAACCUCCGCCAUGGCACUCUGCCUCGGCGAGCACAAUCAGUGGCGGUAGCGGAAAAUGUGAACGGUGAUUCGUUGCAGUCAAAGUCCCGGCCACCAGUCUCGCCGAAACCUGAUCGGCUACUUUCAAACUCGAUCUCGACGUCGAAUUCAAAUGGAGACUCUGCACCUGCAACAGUCCAUGACGUCUUAUCGGAUCGCUUUGCUCGACUGCGGGGUGUUGGGCAAUUGGGGCCGGCUGGGCCGUCGUUGAAAGGAUCUACUCUGUCUUCGAAUGGAGCAACGUCGUCGCCUCGGGGAAGCUCAACUUAUGCAAGGGAUAGCAUGGAUUCAUUGUUCGAUUCACUCUCAAUCUCCAAACCUCAAGGACCGCGAUCGAUGCCAGACGGCGCUGCUGGACAAACCCGCCCAUUGAGGUUACCGCUAGAUACAAACUUCACAGCCAGCAUGCCGCAAGCUCCUAUGCCCACGUAUAGUCCUGCGCGAAAUAUGGAGACAACUGGGAACAUCGCUCCGCCGAGAUACAGUGCACGCAGUCUGGCCGGCACCAAUGCUCGCAGAACCUCAUAUGGUCCAAGUGUGGUGGCGCCGCCACUGACACCCAACGGAACCGGCGGCGAGAACCACCAGGCGAGCUUCAACUCCAGCACAAGAAAUUUGAGUGUUCCUCCCAGACGAAAAUCUGUGCACAUGCCAAAGGAAGGUUCAAUCACUGCUGAGCGAUUGUAUGAUUACCUUGAACGCUACAAUAUAUUGCUCAUCGACUUUCGAUCGCGCGAAGAUUUCGAUCAUGGUCACAUUUUUGCGAGGAAUGUCAUUUGUAUCGAUCCACUCAUCAUGCAGCCGAGCCUCAGUGCAGAGCAACUCUCAGAUAAGCUGGUGCUUUCGCCGGAAAAUGAGCAAGAUCUAUUCUACAAGAGAGAUUCUUUCGAAUUAGUUGUUUUCUACGACUCUUCCACUGGGUCUGAGGGAUUUCUGAUCCGCCCACAGACUGAACUUGAGAUGAAAUUGAAGCAGCUACACGAAGCGCUCUAUGAUUUCAACCAAGACAGACCUCUACAAAGGCCCCCAAUAUUCCUCAUAGGAGGUAUCCAAGCUUGGAUCGAUUUGAUGGGAACGCAAGCUCUUCAAACGUCCGAUACACUGACCAGGGUUAAACCCGGCCGACAAAUUCAGAGACGGCCAUUAAGGAGCGAUGGUCCCGUUCAAGUCCCAAAACGUAGAGUACGCGAAUACGACCCGCUCGACGCUGACGAGGAGCGAAAAUGGCGAGACAGAGCAAUCAGUGAAAGCGUACCCUCUGCACCGGUCGCCUUACCAGACGACACCCAGGAUGACGAGAGUAGCGAUCAACAGGGUGAUGAGCCAGACAAAUACCCGUCUAUUGAGGACUUCAAUGCACGCUUCCCCGAUGCGAAUCAAUUAUCGCCAUCUCUCCCACUCUACGACCGCCCCACUGAAAUGACAAAUCAUGCUGUGAGGAUUCCCACAUACCCUUCACGGCCACCUCUUUCAACUCUUCCACAGGCUCCGAUGCGUCCUGCGCCAGCAGCACCGCGCAUGAGCUACACGGGCGUCAGCGAGCGCUCGGUGUCUCAAACCACUCUUGUGCCGCGUACAAACAGUGGAUUGACACCCUACGUUCCCUCGAAAUACCUCGCUUCGAAUCUACGGCUACCGAGGACUGGGCUGUACAACUUUGGCAGCACGUGUUACAUGAACGCAACACUUCAAGCGUUGUCUGCUACUACGCCACUGUCGAUUAUGUUCCUCGAUGACGGCUUCAAGUCAGCGGUCCAGAAAGACAAUUGGAAGGGAAGCAGUGGGCUGCUACCUGAGAUUUAUAGCAACGUCAUUCGCAAUAUGUGGAAUGGUGAAUCGAGCUAUAUCAAACCCUCGACUUUCCGCAGUUUCUGCGCGCGUCUCAACAAGACAUUCAGCGAUCCCCAUCAACAGCAAGAUGCCCAUGAAUUCUUCAGCUUUCUGGUGGACUGUCUUCACGAGGACUUUAAUGGUGUGUGGUCUCGAUCGCCACUCCGACCGCUGACUCUGCAGGAAGAAGCGAAGCGUGAAAGGAUGCCGAAAAUGGUAGUUGCCCGCAUGGAGUGGAACCGCUGGGCGCACCGCGACAAUAGUUACAUCUCGAGCCUCUUGUACGGCCAAUCCUCCUCGCGUCUUAGAUGCCCUGAGUGUGGUACUACGUCCACUCAAUAUGACGCCUGGGCUGGUUUGCAAGUUGAAAUCCCCGAAUGUCGAGAGGCGCGCUUACAAGACUGCCUACGAGCUCAUUUCCGCGACGAACUUCUCGAUGACGGGAACCAGUGGACAUGUCCAUCAUGCAAAAAACCUCGGCGCGCCAGUAAGAAGCUCACAAUCACUCGAUUGCCACCUUAUCUUGCCAUCACGCUAGGCCGAUUCCGAACCGAGGGAUCAUCGCAGCGCAAAGUCCACACCCAAGUCCGCUUUCCUUUGACUGGUCUCGACCUCGCCGAGUUCUUGGUCCAGCCACCAUCAUCCCCGGCAGAAGUUCAACAGAUUAUGGCAGCAUACGGACCCGAGAGUCUCAAACCACCAGACACCGCGCAAGUCCCGCCAUUUAUCUACGAUGCUUAUGCGGUAGUGCAGCAUCACGGCCAGAGUACACGCAGCGGGCAUUACACGUGUGCAGCCAAGGACCCAGCACGUGGCUGCUGGAGGCUGUUCAACGACACAGGCGCGAAGGACUUUGAUCCCCAUUCGUCUUCUGCCUCGGCGUCACACGGCGGAGAGGGACAUGCGCUAGAUAAUGAUUUAGCGUACAUGAUAUUCUACCAACGAAGGAGAGUCACUGGCACGACCAGCGACAGUGCCGCUAAUGGGAGAGGAGAGCGGCAAUGACGAUGAUCAGGUCGAGAUGACAAGGCUUAUGAUGAAUUAUGUAUGGUUUAUGAUUCGAAAAUGCUGCUCCCUUGAUCGGGUAGCUACGCAAAUGAUACUUUUUGUGAUGAAG